UGUUAUAGAGCAAAUCUGCUAAAAUCCACUCUCCAUGUGUUAUUACAGGCAUUGCCAAGAAAGCAGUUUAAUAUUGGACAACGCUAUCUUGCCUAGAGCUCGCCUGGGCAUGUUAGCGUUGUAUGACGUAACGACUAAAAUGACGUCACAAAAGUUAUAACAAAUGAUAUCUUUAAACACAGGAUCUCGCCUCGAUCUCAUAAAUCAUAGCGGUUCGAUUUUUUUUUUCCUUUUUUAUCAUAUGGUAUCAGCGCUACAGUUUGUGUUUGGGAUUACAGACGUUGCUAUUGACCAGAUUAAACGGCCAUCUAAUUAAACGUACAGAUUAAUUCCCCAUUUUCAUUAACUCCGGUGGAGCGAAACGAGUCAACUUUCCGUUAAUUCCCCGUUAAAGCCGGAUUUGUUGAACAAAGUUUACAUCUGCUAUUCAAUACGUAGGCAGUCCGGAUCGUUAAUUUAAUGAAAGGAGCGACCGGGUUUCGUUCGCCACAAAUAGCACUUACGCCUACUCAGAUACCUCAACGAAAUUCCACCCGAAUUCCGCCGAAGCUUUUGUAUUUCGCGCCGAUCUCUCUCGGGUCUCAUCGCGACCGGUAGUUGGCCUACGCUUGUGACGUCACAAAGGCGGUUUUCGCGCUCGAAGUUUGAAAGUUUCAUUCAUAAAUCGGCCUCGAUCGCCGUGCGCUUCCGCGGCGCGUGAAAAUCAGCGAGUGUUGGUUUACACACACAAUGGGACACCGGAAGCAAAACCAUGCAUCCCGCCGUCAAAUUAACUUCAAUACGAACUUCACCGCUACCAAGAACUUUAGCAUUAACCCUAAACCACAUUUAACGGUCUUUGUAUUUAACGAAUCAGUAGUGUCUACCUUAGUGUGUACCUGCGUUAAACAAUGGAGGGUAACUGCUCAACGUCGGCGCGUAAUUCAAACCACCCGUAAGCGACUCAUGGUUUAAGCUCGCCCGCACUUUUCGUGGUAUGGCUUGAGUAAUAUUUAAGCUAUUUUCAAUUCAAUGCAAACAAUCUGCUUGGCGAGCCACCAUCGCCCAGCAGGGAUCUUUUGGCCGUAUAUAUGACCUUAUUGUAAUCUCACUCUCGCUGUCACCCCAAUAGUCGUCCACAACGAAGCCGUAAAUCAAGUCACUACACACAUCGCUGAUUGUAUUGUGUUAAUUAAGCCCAUCACCACAGCGCCUUUUCGGUUGUUCGAUUGGAAAUAGUUAACUCUGUACGGCCCGUCGCCUUUUACAACCCUUUAUGGUACCUUAGUGUCCGACUGCCAUCUCGACGACCUAGAAACAGAGAUAGCGCCCUUUAUCCUUUACGUUAAGUGUGCUUUUCCACCUCGUACACUGGCGGGCAGCUUUGAAGCGCUGGCUGUUUACUUGUGCGUUAUUAAUUCAGGAAACCGACUUAAUGGCCCUUUUAUCGCAGUGAACAGGUCGAUCAACAUCCCCGAACUCGAUUGCAAAACCCACGUUUAUCUUUACGGGCAUGUUUUCCAUUACUAACCAUUGUAGUAACAAAACACGUCAUAACCGGAGCAUAUCCCUAUGGAAACGCCGUUUGCUUUUCAAAGACCCGUACCCAGCCUGCCAUGACUUGUAGCGUCCCCCGACCAACCGUCCAGCGGUUUAAAUUUGCCUCGCCUUUCCUGUUACCUUCGCCCGACCAAUGAGCGCUCGCCUCGGGUAAACAACUGCCUACGCUCGCCGCAGCAUAUGAAGCGUGACGGUCGUGUCAUCGUUUGGGCCCAAAAUACCGAGUCGAAUUCUCAGUUCAUUUCGAGCGUGCGAAUCAAGCCUUCUUUUGAAACCAUUCGUGAAAUUGCAGGUAUAAUUUCCGGCGUACUACCGCAAACCACUAGCCCAGUUUCAAACCACAAAUAAUUCCUGCUUAUAAUCAUGUAUAUGUUGUAAACUAUUACGUGCUCGGUGAACUAUCUCUUUAUGGUUCACAACACUUAGCGACGCCGGACGAUCAAAACAGAUCGGCGGCGAUUUAGAGGCGCUUGCAGGGCGACCUUAUAAACUCGUCGCACCAUUAAUUAUGCAAUAAAUCAGCGGCACGAACAUGCGUUAUGAGUUAAAACUUUUCCGGCCGCGCAUUAGAACGCUGAGAGCAUUGGUACAGAGUGUAUUCUCUCCAGCGCUUCGUGGAAGCAGAACAGAGUGGUGUACCGUAAUGAGUCUACCGGUGCGCUUGCCGUUAAUUAGGUCUGCUACCUGCUUCUACCUUUGCGCGUAGCCGAGCCGGCAAUUACCCGACGUGCGAAAGCGGAUGGAUUUUGUGAGAUCUCAGCUGGUAGCGGCGGACCUGACACGCGCUCAGGUGGCUGUGUAUGACACAAUGCCGUCAUUACUGGCCUUUUUCUCGACGCUCGCAUUGACCAUGCAGACAGUGACAGCAGCGAUCAGUCUGUUCGUUGCAAGCGCAGUGCAUGAACCAAACAGUCGGUCGACCAGUUUGCAAUUGCAUCUUAUCCAUGUACAAACGGGUAUAUACAUUAGCAUGGUCGAGUUUCAUCUUGUUCGUGAAUUUCAGUGUCUUUGAAUCGAGGUCGAAUAUAAUAUAGUCCAGGUCGCACCGUAGGUAGGCAAUUUCCUUCUAGUCGCCGAGGUUUUGUCAUCGUUACUACCUGUGGUCGUUCACAGCGGGCUUGGCCUACCUUCGCUUUGUAUUUUAUUAGUUCUCUUAAUUAAACAAGCACCGUAUGUAGACGGAAAGUAGCUCUAUAACUUAUGCGAACUCCGUGAAACCGAUUCAGUUAGCAUUUGCAAGAAGGGGGUAGGAGGUAGGACAGAACGCACGGUUGCGAGAUAGGGGAUAGAAAUAGAACGCAUAGGACGGGUCAUAAGGUAGCAUGUAUCUGACCCAUGAAUCUGACCAUCAUGUCUUCGAUACCCAGGUCCUUAGGGUUAGGGUUAGGUUAGGUCAUCUAGAUACAACAGGAGUCUUAUAUUACAUGAUGGAGCGGUAUAUGAUACAACAGCUGCCGGCCCGGUUUGCCAAGCUAUCUUUUGAAGGCUGCUUUACCGAGCCCUCCACCCCUGCCGAGCAAAGUGGUGUCGAUUCCCACUACGGUGUCCUACAAGAGAGAAAAGAGAACUGCUCCUCAUUCCAGGAUGGCAAGUCUUCUUUCAGGAGGUUCAAGUCUGUGCCUAACGCUCGAUUUAGACUCUAUGGAACGGAAAACAGCGCAGGCAAAGAGAAUAACUUGGGUUUAUCCAAGCGAAACUUUUCAAAACGUCUCCAAGCUGUUGAAGUAACAAGCCCUCUCGCCCUUCCCACCUCGCCAACGUUCAGCCCUGCUACUCCGUUGCGCCGCCACGCGUCCAUGGUGACGUCACCAAUGCUGACGUCAUCACCCAUGGCAACCAACUUCGCGUCCAGCUCGACCUCGGCUUUCAGCGCCGUCGACCAUAAGCAGUUACACAAGGAAGCAGAACAACGACUGCGCGACUCCACCGGCUCUUCUGCUGGCGGAUCGACCCCGGAGAAAAGCGCUGUCCCCGGCAGCAUCGCGGCUCUUACUUCCCGCGGGAGCCGAGCUUUGCGUCCGGCCUCUGCUAUCCCGUUCGGCCGAGCUAAGUCAUCGCCCUGCUGUUCUACUAACAUCUCUCCGAUCCCAAUCCGAGCCAACAAGCGAUCUCUGGAUGCGACAAGCUGCUCCAUUGCUGCUUCUUCCAAGAGAGCAAAAUGCAGCGGCUCCUCUUUCACGGAAGCUCGAUCUUCAUCCCGAAGACGGAUGGCAUUUUCAUCAAUGCAACGCAAAACGAAAUCUGCCGAAGCGGCGUUUAUGCAUUCCUCUCCAAUCGCUUCAAUAAAGCAGGGAUUCCGACCUAUAUCCGCCCCCGCACAAAUGCUCGCAUUUGAGGACGACUCCCCUCUUACCCACUCGCGCCUAUGCAGCACCAACGACUCAGACUCCGAAGAUGACGUCAUGAUGAUGUCAUCAGAGUAUGACCGCAGUGACGCCGAUGAGAAACUGCUGGAAGAAAUGCUGAGCGAGAACGUGCGAGUUCAGAAGAUCGGCGGUAACUUAGAAGUCGAAUCGCCGCAAGCACCCUCAGGAAUCGCCGGGCUUAUCACCGCUCCAUUAUUGUUGUCAAGCAAGCCAGAUACUUCAAUGAACAACUCUAUAGUCACACGCCUUCCGAAACCGCGCGAACUUUUCCGAUCUCCGUCUGCUCCUCCAGUCGUCCCAUCCAGAAGAGCACUCCAUGCUCUCAAACGCUCCCAGGAGCGAAUCGACGAGUCCUCCACCCCUUCUGCCAUCCGGAGACCCACCAGCACAGGAGCAGAUGACUCAAUGUCUGCUCUUCUUGGAUCAUCUAACUCCCCAUCCACGAAAUCCAUUGACGAACAUAAUGUCUCAUUAAACAGAUCCCGCUCCGCCAAUGAGCUCGACAUCAUGCGCGCUGUCGAUUUGGGCUGCACUGACCCUAACCUCGUAGGAGAUUUCAGCCGAGUAUGCACUCUAUCCACUGUGUCUGGAAAGCAGCAAGACCUUAAAUACAUCACUCCAAAAACGCUUAUCGAUUUGGUGAACAACAAGUAUGACGUUGGUCGUUUCGAAGUGAUUGACUGUAGAUAUCCAUACGAAUAUGAAGGAGGUCAUGUGCUUGGUGCCAACAGUAUAUGGGAAGAGGAACAACUUUACAAAAGAUAUUUCAGCACUUCAAACCCUAUGUGGGCGGACAACAACGAUGAUAAAUACAAACCACCAGUCCUUAUUUUCUACUGCGAGUUCAGCUCUGAACGUGGCCCACGUAUGGCACGAGCCCUCCGUAGCAAAGACAGGGAGCUUAACCGUUAUCCUCACCUACAUUACCCCGAGGUGUAUGUGCUUAAAGACGGCUACAAGAAUUUCUUCAGCACCAAAGGAACUAAGCAAUAUUGCGACCCACCCACCUACCGACCAAUGACACACGAGGAUUACACACGUGAGCUACGAAUGUGCCGAAUCAAGAGCAAGACAUGGGCUGGCGAAAAGACCAAGUGUAGUUUAUACAACCGACUCAAACGUCUAUGAGGACGUCAUCGAUUAUUCCAAUGACGUAAUUCAACUAUGACGUCAUUCAACUAUGACGUAGAAGCAUUGCCCCACAACCGAAGGCUGUGCUCAAAAUCCGGAAAAGUCACCCCAAGAAUGCCGCAACGGCGUGGUGACAUCAGUAUGACGUGGUGCUACGUCAUCAUCGCUACGGAAACAAAACAAAGCAGAGACAAGUGAAACGUUAACCAAUGAACGGAACAA